AUGUCGAAUCCCCGAACCAAGCGCCAAUUCGCCGGCGCUGCAGCUGAUCCCGCCCAACGUCAAAUCACCUCCUUCUUCACGGGCUCGCCCAACACCAACCACCCCGCAACUCCCCAGCCUACGCUGCGACCCGAACUGCCGGAUAACGUCCAGGCGAACCUCCUCAGCGUUGGCAUGCGGGUGCGCAAGUCCGUGCCCGAGGGAUACAAGACCAUCGACCUCAGCAAAACCACUUCUUCCUCGAACGGCAUUGCGCCCAAGGACCUGAGGCGAUCUGUGGUGGCGGCAAAGCAAGUGUCGAACGAGCUGCUGCCGUUCUGCGGAAUCAACAAAGUUGGUGGAUUGGAUACUCAGCCUGAAGGUCAUUUCCUGGAUGAAGAUGUCCCUGCGCUGGACAACAUUCCCGAGCUCAGCAUGUCACAAGAGAGCAUGGACAGCGUCGUUGACGGCGAAUAUUCCCGAAAGCGAACCUUUGAUGACAAUGACCUGUGGAAUUUCGAGACGAACGAAACAGGCUAUGCACAGCCUGGCUUUAACAACAGGCCGAUUGCUGUGCCGCACUCUCAGAUCAAGAAGGCCUUUGCGCCCAAGCCCUUCGAGCAGGAAACCAUGGUUGUGGAUGCCGAUGAGGAUGAAGAUUUUGAAGAUGCCGAUUUCUUGGUC